AUGGACCUGGACGUGGACGUGGACGUGGACUUGGACGUGGACGUGGACGUGGACGUGGACGUGGACAUGGACGUGGACGUGGACGUGGACGUGGACGUGGACGUGGACGUGGACGUGUACGUGGACGUGGACAUGGACGUGGACGUGGACAUGUACGUGAACAUGGACGUGGACGUGGACGUGGACGUGGACGUGGACGUGGACGUGGACAUGGGCGUGGACGUGGACGCGGACGUGGACGUGGACGUGGACGUGGUCGUGGACGUGGACGUGGACAUGGACGUGGACGUGGACGUGGAGAUGGGCGUGGACGUGGACGUGGACGUGGACGUGGUCGUGGACGUGGAUGUGGACGUGGACGUGGACGUGGACAUGGGCGUGGACAUGGACGUGGACGUGGACGUGGACGUGGUCGUGGACGUGGAUGUGGACGUGGACGUGGACGUGGACAUGGACAUGGACGUGGACGUGGACAUGGACGUGGACGUGGACGUGGACUUGGACGUGGACAUGGACGUGGACGUGGACGUGGACAUGGACCAUGCUUGA